AUGUCGCGCCCGGUCAUUCCCGCCGCGGUCCCUGCGGUGUUCCGCCCGCUCUGGCGGCGGAACUUCUCCGCGUCUACCUCCAAGCGCGCCAUUGAUAAGAUCUGCCAGUCGGCGCAGGAAGCCGUCAAGGACAUGAAGGGCUCGUCCACCGUGCUCGUCGGCGGCUUCGGCUUCUCCGGUGUGCCCAACACCCUCAUCAAUGCCAUCCGCGAUCGCCCCGAUGUCACCGACCUGACCGUCGUCUCCAACAACGCUGGUAUGCCCGGUAAGGGUCUCGGCCAGCUGCUCGAAUCCGGCCAGAUCAAGAAGAUGAUCGCCUCGUUCAUCGGGGAAAACAAAGUGUUUGAAAAAAUGUACCUCAAUGGUGACCUCUCUCUGGAAUUGACUCCCCAGGGUACUAUCGCGGAGAAGUGUGCCGCGGGUGCCGCUGGUGUCCCGGCCUUCUACACCCCUGCUGCUUAUGGAACGAUCGUGCAAACUGGUGAACUCCCCGUGCGCUACAACAAGGACGGCUCCGUCGCGGAGACGUCCAAGCCCAAGGAGACCCGCGAAUUCAACGGCAAGAACUACAUCCUGGAGGAAUCGAUCUUCGGCGACUACGCGCUGAUCAAGGUGCACAAGGCCGACAAGCUAGGCAACUGCCAGUUCCGCAAGGCCAUGAACAACUUCAACGAAGCCAUGGCCAAGAACGCCAAGUACACCAUCGUCGAGGCGGACCACAUCGUCGAAGUCGGCGAGCUCGGCCCCGAGGAGAUCCACCUGCAGUCCAUCUACGUCAACAAGGUCAUCCAGAGCUCCGGCGAGAAGCAGAUCGAGAAGCUCGUCUUCGCCAAGGACCCCUCCGAGAUGCUCCAGGCCGGCGACGGCGCGGCCACCGCCCGCCGCGAGCGCAUCGUCAAGCGCGCCGCCAAGGAGUUCCGCGAUGGCAUGUACGUCAACCUGGGUAUCGGUAUGCCCCUGAUUGCUCCGUCUUACCUCCCCGAGGGCGUCGAGGUCGUCCUCCAGGCUGAGAACGGUAUCCUCGGUCUGGGUGGCUACCCCAAGCCCGGCGAGGAGGACCCCGAUCUCAUCAACCCCGGCAAGGAGACCGUCACCCUGUCCAAGGGUGCCUCCGUCUUCGGUUCCCACGAGUCUUUCGGUAUGAUUCGCUCUGGUCGCAUUGAUCUCACUAUGCUCGGUGCUCUGCAGGUCAGCCAAUACGGAGACCUCGCCAACUUCAUGCUCCCCGGUAAGGUCAAGGGCGUCGGCGGCGCCAUGGACCUGGUCGCCAACCCCGAGAAGACCAAGGUCGUCGUGACCAUGGAGCACGUCGACAAGAAGGGCAACCCCAAGAUCCUGCCGGAGUGCAGCUUCCCCCUGACCGGCCCCCGCUGCGUCUGGAAGAUCAUCACCGAUCUGGCCGUCUUCGAGGUCAGCCCCACGGAGGGUCUGACCCUGGUUGAGCACGCCGAGGGCGUCUCUGUCGAGGAGAUCCGCAGCAAGACUGCUGCUCCUUUCAAGGUUGCUGAUGACCUUAAGCCUAUGCUGGUAACACCACCCCUCCAUACACGGAACAAAGCUCACCACCCCAGCGCGGAGAUCAUCAAAAUCGAACACCCCGUCCGCGGCGACGACACGCGCGCCUGGGGACCCCCCUAUGCAGCGUACCAAGACGGCCGCUCCGGCAACGGCGAGAGCGCCUACUACCUCUCCGUAAACCGCAACAAACGCUCGCUCGCGCUCUCCUUCGCGCACAAAGAAGGCGUCGAGAUCCUGCACGCGCUGGCCCGCACCAGCGACGUCGUGGUAGAAAACUACCUCCCGGGCGCACUCUCCAAAUACGCCCUCGACUACGCCACGCUCAGCCGGCUCAACCCGCGCCUCAUCUACGCCAGCAUCACGGGCUACGGCCAGACGGGCCCGUACAGCAACCGGCCGGGCUUCGACGUCAUGGUGGAGGCGGAGUUCGGGCUGGCGCAUCUGACGGGGUCGCGCGACGGGCCGCCGGUCAAGGUUGGGGUUGCGGUGACGGAUCUAACGACGGGGCUAUAUGCGUGCAACUCGAUUAUGGCGGCGUUGCUGGCGCGCAGUGUCACGGGCGAGGGACAGCAUCUUGAUGUGUGUUUGAGUGACUGUCAGGUGGCGACGCUGGCGAAUAUGGGGAGCUCGGUGUUGAUUAGUGGGGAGAGGGAUUCGGGGAGGUGGGGAACUGCGCAUCCUUCGGUGGUGCCGUAUCAGAGCUUCAAGACGGCUGACGGGGAUAUCUUUGUUGGUGGCGCGAACGACCGGCUGUUUGGGAUACUGUGUGAGCGGCUCGGUAGGCCGGAGUGGAAGGCUGACCCGCGGUUCGAGAGCAACAAUGAGCGCGUGCGCAAUCGGGCUGCGCUGGAGGGGUUGAUUGAGGGUGUCACGGCGCAACGCACGACGAGGGAAUGGCAGGAGCGGUUUGAGGGGAGUGGGCUGCCGUUUGCUGUGGUGAAUGAUGUGCAGGAUACGAUGAACCAUGAGCACGGUAGGUGA